GCUGAUUUCUAUAAAUAAAGUUUUAUUGGAACACAUGUGUUCUCUAUGGCUGUUUUUGUGCUACAAUCACAGAGUUAAGUAGUUGCUAUAGAGGCCAUAUGGCCCACAGAUCUUAAGGUAUUUAGUGUCUGACUGUUUACAGGAAAAGUUUGCCAACCUCUAGUAUAUAAAGUACUUAGUUGAGUGCUGUGCUGGUGGCAGGGUUUGGAGUCCUGAAAAAGUGGACACAGGUCUGUACUAGGAGAGUUUCUGUUGUAGUUGGAGAGAGAGAGGCAAAAUCACCUCAACAGAUAAGUAUAAAAAUCACAACCUGAUAAGGGCAGUGGGGGAAAAGUAGAGGCUGUUAGAGGUAUUUUGAGGGAUUAUAGAGGAGAUGUGAUCCUUUUCUUAGUCAGAGGAGCCGGUAGGAAUGGUCAGGGGCUGUGGUCUGAAAGGUAGCUCGGGGCCCAGUAAGUUGCUUGUUGAGAUAAAUUCCGUGUCAGGGUUUUUCGCUUGGCCUCCCUGCUGGUCCACAAAAGUGGAAUUACCACAAAAGUGGAAUACCCUGCUCGGUGCUCUGCCUCCACCCUCCCCCUCGCCUUAACCCCGGUCUCUCUUCUGUUGCGGGAGGGCGCCUCCUGAGACCUUAAACCCUGGCGCUGGUGUCAUGGAAUCAGUCACCGUGGAGGAUGUGGCGGUGGGCCUCAGCCAGGAGUGGGCGUUGCUGGACGGUGCGCGGCGGCACCUGUGCGGACACCUGACCCUGGACAGCUGCCAGGCCCUGGCCUCCUGGGGGCCUGCGCCGUGCAGACCCAGUCUGCGCUCCCGGCUGGGGCCAGGAGAGCUGAGGGCCGCAGCACGAGGCAUUCUCCGCGCCGCGGGUGUGGACUGUGAAUCUCAGCUUAAACCCAAAGCAUCUACUCCUGAGCGGGUUAUUUUGGAGGAAAAUUCACCACGUGACAUGCACAUGGGGCCAGGGCUGGACCCGAGGAUGCAGAUCAGGCCUGAGAUGGGAGAGAGGGGGACACCUUCGGUUCCAGAGGACCGGCCAGCUCUCUGGGAGUCGCCUUGGUCUUCUGGAUACACAGGGCUGAAGGCGGCUGUGCGGAUUCAGAGGGUGGUCAUGCCUGUACCUGCGCUGGGCCUCCCCGGCCUGUGGGUGGCCGGUGGUUCUGCUCUCCCUGCUCAGGGCCCCACGUGGUUCCGGGAGGAGCGCGCAGAGGAAGAAGCCACAGCUCCUGGGGUGCUGACCCCCUGUCCACGGGAACCGGUCACCUUCGCGGAUGUGGCAGUGCUCUUCACCCCAGAAGAAUGGCUGUUUCUAGACUCUGCUCAGAGAAGCCUCUACCGAGACGUGAUGCUGGAGAACUGCAGGAACCUGGCCUCCGUGGGAGAUCAGCUGUGCACGCCCAGUGCCUUUUCCCAUUUGGAGCAAAGAGAAGAGCUGUGGACCACCGAGAGGGGACUCUUCCCAGGAGCCCGCCCAGGCUCUCAACUUCAAGAUUCAGUUCCUAACCAAGAUAUUUUUGUGGCGAUUCCAUCCAUCGGUGUGAAAAGGGAGCAACCUCAGACUGGAGAAAAGCUCUAUAAAUAUCAUGAACUUGGGAAACCCUUUAACAUCAAACCACUUUUUCAGUGCCAGAGAAUUCAUGCUGGCGGGGACCCCUAUGAAUGCCCAGAGAAUGGAAAGUCCUUCCUCCAGACCGCUCACCUGCUCAUACCUGAGAGGAUCCGUAGUGGGGACAAGACCUACGCGUGUGACAGGUGUGAGCGAUCCUUCAGAUACAGCUCUGACCUUCUGCGGCACGAGAAGACUCACACCACGGAGAAGUGCUUCGAGUGCCAGGAAUGCGGGCAAGCCUUCAAGUAUUCCUCGAACCUGCGGCGGCACAUGAGAGUGCACACGGGAGAGAAGCCCUUCGAGUGCAGUCAGUGUGGGAAGACCUUCACCAGGAACUUUAACCUGAUUUUGCACCAGAGGAACCACACGGGCGAGAAGCCCUAUGCUUGUCGGGACUGUGGGAAGGCUUUUAACCAGCCGUCCUCCCUGCGGAGCCACGUGAGAACGCACACUGGAGAGAAGCCCUUUGUGUGCAGUCAGUGCGGGAAGGCCUUCAGGGAACACUCGUCGCUGAAGACGCACCUGCGCACUCACAGCAGGGAGAAGCCCUACGUGUGCAGCCAGUGUGGGAAGCCCUUCCGGACGAGCACCCACCUGAACGUCCACAAGAGGACCCACACGGGGGAGAAGCUGUACGAGUGUGCCACGUGCGGGCAGGUCCUGAGUCGGCUCUCAACCCUCAAGAGUCACAUGCGAACGCACACCGGAGAGAAGCCGUACGUGUGCCAGGACUGCGGGCGAGCCUUCAGUGAGCCCUCGUCGCUCAGGAAGCACGCGAGGACCCACACGGGCAAGAAGCCCUACGCAUGCCAGGAGUGCGGGCGCGCCUUCGGCCAGUCUUCACACCUCAUUGUGCACGUGAGGACGCACUCUGCGGGGAAGCCCUUCGCGUGUGAUCAGUGUGAGAAAGCCUUCAGACACAGCUCUUCACUCACUGUGCACAAAAGAGUCCACGCUGGGAGAGGAGACGUGAGGCACGGCGGCCUGCCUGUAUCGGCGUCUCCUCCGUGUGGCGGGCCCCUUGCUAGUUAACUUCCAGUGUGUGAAAACAUAAACAUUUGGCUAUCAUCGUCUCUCAUAGUGCUCGUUUAGCAACAUCACACGUUUUGAUGUCUAAUGUUUCCAUUUUGGUUUAAUUCUAAAUACUGUCUUAGAAUUAUCAUUUAUUCUUUGACCCAUGAAUUAUUUGUAAUUAAAUUUUAAAAUAAUA